AGGAAAUUCAUAAAUUAAGUACGUGUCACUUUUAAAUAAUUUCAUGCAGAUAUCCAUUUACCUUUUCCCCCACCAUUAACCACGUGAAUUCAAUAGAAUAAAUAACCGAAAAUAAACCGAUUCUCUACUACAACUAACCAAGGAAAAUUCCAUAAAUAAAAUUCAUUACAUUCAAUUUCUUUCCUUCAAUAAACAUGGAAACAUUCAAUUCAAAACCACUCUAUAAAACAACCCCUUAUCCCCAUUCAUCUUCCUCACCAAGAAACCCUAAUCCAAUUUUUUAAUUUUCAAAUUUUCAAGAAUUCCGACAAGAAAAAAAAAAUGGAGUCUUACAACCUCAAAACAAUCCAUGUACUAAUGUUCCCUUGGUUAGCCCACGGCCACAUUUCACCAUACCUAGAACUUGCCAAAAGACUUUCAAAGAGAAACUUCAUCAUCCACUUGUGCUCCACCAAGGCAAACCUAAGCUCAAUCAAGUCGAAGAUCGGAGAUAAAUUCUCCCACUCGAUCCGCCUCGUCGAGCUCGACUUAGGCACCGACCUCCUCCCCUCUUGCUACCACACCACCAACGGCCUCCCUCCGAACCUAAUGCCGAGCCUCAAGCUGGCGUUCGAGAACUCCAAGCCGCAGUUCUCCAACAUCUUGGCGUCCAUCAAGCCCGACUUGCUCGUCUACGACUUCCUCCAGCCGUGGGCACCGCUCGUGGCGUCCAUCCACCACGUGCCGGCGGUGGAGUUCAUCACUAGCUCAUCCACCAUGACCGCCUACAUGUUCAACUUCUUCAAGGGGAAGCCGAUGACCGAGUUCCCCCACCAUGACUUGAUCGCCUACCGCGAUUACGAGUUCGUGCACCGCGCCAACUUGUUGGCCUCCAACGAGGCGGUGAAAAGGAACGCCUUCUUGGGGAUCGCGCGGUCGAAUAGGAUAAUCUUGAUAAAGGGUUUUAAGGAAAUCGAGGGCGAGUACAUCGACUACCUCGGUAACUUGUUGGGCAAGAAAAUCGUGCCCGUGGGCCCGUUAGUUCAAGACCCUACCCAUGAAACCGAGGGCUCGAAAAUCAUGGAGUGGCUCGAUGGAAAGGGAAAAUGCUCUACGGUUUACGUCUCUUUCGGGAGCGAGUAUUUUUUGAAACCCGAGGAUUUGAGGGAGCUAGCGUUAGGGUUGGAGUUGAGCGGAGUGAACUUCGUGUGGGUGGUUCGGUUUCCGAAGGGGGAGAAGAAAACCCUAGAGGAGUCUUUGCCAUUAGGGUUUCUCGAGAGGGUCGGCGGUCGGGGUUUGGUCGUCGAGGGGUGGGCCCCACAAGCUCAAAUCCUCGUGCACGAGAGCAUAGGCGGUUUCGUGAGCCAUUGCGGUUGUAGUUCAAUGAUGGAGAGCAUGAAGUUCGGCGUGCCGAUUAUAGCCAUGCCGAUGCAUCUCGACCAACCGCUAAACGCUAGGUUGGUCGGCAAGAUCGGCGUCGGCGUGGAGGUCGGGAGGAGCGGGGACGGGUUGCUCGAGAAGGAGGAGGUGGCGGCGGUGAUACGGCGGGUCGUGGGCGGAGACGAGGCGGAGUCGGUGCGGAGGGAGGCUAGGGUUAUGAGUGAGAAGAUCAAGGCUAAAGGGGAUGAGGAGAUUGAUGUGGUGGUGGAGGAGUUUGUGAAGCUUUGCAGCACUACCAAGAAGAGGCGCAAUGGAAGCUUUGAUGGCUUUGGUUUCAAGAUUAGUGGUGGAUUGGUUUCUGAAAUUGUUCAAUUCUGAUUA